AUGCCACGUGUUUUGGUGGCUGGGGAUUCAAUGUUGAAAGACCAAGUCGGGUCUUUCACAUUGAAACCCAGCGUGACUGUUGAGGUUCGGUCGUUCAGCGGCAUUAGGAUCGAGCGGCUCUUCUUCAUGAUCGCUGACGCCUUGCCUCACUUUGAUGUACUGGUGGUGCACGUUGGCACUAACAACACCGCUGAUAGUGCCAUUACGCGCAUCGCCAGAUUUCGUGAGCUGGUGUCUCGGGUCUUGAAGGAGCUGUGCCGCAAGGAAGGCCACGGUUUCGUCGACGGGACCAGCCAGGACUGGAAUGGAAUGCUCAAGGCGGACGGCGUCCACUUCAACAAGAGGGGCAGCGAGGUGUUCGGCCGCAUCCUCCGAGGUGGUGUCCGGGCUGUGGUGGCAAGCCAGCGCCAGGAGGCAGAGGAGCUCCAGCUGCAGCGGGACCUCGUGGAGGAGGAGCACCAGGAGCUGCGCCGGCAGUAUGGAGACCAGGCAGGUACGUUGAGGAAAAGAUUGUCAGGAGGGGGUCAACUUUGUAAGGGCAUGACUUUUAACAACUUCAAUGACUUCUUUGAGGUCUUUCAAAAAUGGGUGGCAGAUGGUUGUCAUCCCAUGAAACUUACUCUUUGCGAAAAACCUUACCCUCAUUACGAGGUAAAGGAGUUCAGUGACAUCCACCCAACUCAUGAAGUUAGUCCAAGCAUCUACAGGUGGUAUAAAUGCGUUCGGCUGCUCUCUGAUCUUCAGAAGGAGGAAAUUGGCGAUCUUCUUACCUGCAAAGUUAAGUCGAAGGAUAUUAAAAAAGUUGUGUUAGAAAAGACUGGGAAGCACCUUACAUCCCAAGAUGUGAGGAAUUUGAAGCAUGGCAGGAUUAAAAAGAUAGAAAAUAGUCUACAUCAUGGGUCUCUUCUGCUGGAGGAAAUGGAAAGCCUAGUUAACAUGUGCCCUGGUUGGAGAGUACAUAUAGAGAAAAACGAGAGAGAUGAGCUCCUAUUUAUACUACUUCAGUCAAAGCUAAUGCAGCAGUUUACAGAAAAGUAUUCAGAAGUGUUGUUCUUUGACGGAACUUACAAAGUAAACAUUGAGGGUUUUGUUCUUCAUGCUAUACUUUGUGAGGAUAGCACGGGUCACGGAAGACCAUUGUGUUAUGCUUUUGUACAACGUGAGACCUCUGAAAUUCUAAAAUCAGCCUUAGCCAAAUUUUUAGCUUUAAAUCCUGUCGUGAUGUUCAAGUGUAAAGUUGCAGUGAUGGAUAAGGAUCUAAAUGAAAUGAACAUUAUAGGCCAGUUGCUUCCAGGUUGCCAAAUUUUGCUAUGUUCUUGGCAUGUGAUAAAGUUUCUCCAUGAUAAAGUGUCCAAAAAAAGCCCUUUCACAAUAGACAAAAAGGCAGUAAAGAAAAUACUCCUAGAUCUUGUUUAUGCCCAUGAUGAGAGCAAGUACAAUUUUCUAUUGAAACAAUUAAAAGAAGAAACGCAAAAGGACCCUGACUUCUUUGAAUACUACUUAAAGAAUUGGCACACCUGUAGGCGUAUGUGGGUACACGCGUAUCGUUGGGAUAUUUGUUGUUUUGGGAAUAAUACCAAUAAUAGAAUGGAAAGCCACAACCAAAAGAUUAAACAAUUUCUGAGCGCACAAAUGCAUUUAGUUGAAGCAGUCAAGGGCUUAGUCCAAUAUGUAGAGCAUGAGGCUUUGUCAGUUAGCUUUGCACAAUUCAAAGAAAGCAAGGUAUGCAUUGAUACUCUUAAGAUGGACAGCUUUCACCUGGAAGUAUCUAGUAAGUGCACGGUGUAUGCUAGGGACCUCAUUUAUAAGCAGUAUGAAUUAUUUUCUCAAGACCAUACUUGGAAUUACAGCAUGACUAAAGGAGAACACAUAAUCGGAUGGCAGGGUAACCUUUACCACGUAUCUCAGGACCUGACUGCUUGCAGAUGCUCAUUUCAUAACCAUUAUAAACUUCCUUGCAAGCACAUCUUUGCAGUUCGGUCAGUCCUUAAAGCUAAUCUUUUUGACGUAAAAUCUGUUGCAACCCGAUGGUUAAAAUCUGAUUUCACAGAGGAUUUUACAGACAUAGCUCCAGCAACUCCGCAAGUCGUCACUACAACCGUAGCAAAGCAGGGAAGUCCAAAACUUGACACAGUUCAGGAAAGAUAUAAGUAUGUCCAUAACAAACUUCUAGAAUGGUCAAAGAGCCUUGCUAACACAUUGGCACAGCUUAGUUCAAAGGAACUCCAGGAAGAAAUGGUGAAGAUUGAGGAGUUUUUCAUAAAUGUCACCACAUAUCCAAGGAACAAAACCUCACAGGAUGUAGGGGAGUUGAAUAAACAGCAGGAUUAUAAUGGGAAUGAAAAGAAUUUAGCAAUGGGGAUGUUGAAUCACGAUUAUUGCAAAGCCGCUGACAUUUGGGCUCAAACCUCAAGGUUACCUGCUCGGGAACUGCAACACCAUAAUGAGAUAGAUGUAAAAUUGCCAGUUAACCUUGUAGACGGAACAGCUUUUGAUAGUACAAACGUCACCUUGAGUAUUCCACUUAACAAGUCACCCCGGGAUUUACUAAAGCCCACAACUCUGGAUGAUAAUGUAAUAAACACAGCGCAAGCCAUUCUUCGGGACCAAUUUGGUCGUGUUGGUGGACUACAAGAUCCUCUUUUGGGACAGUGUAACGAGUUUCGGAAACAAGACAAAUUUAUUCAAAUACUUCAUGUCCCUGGUCACUGGCUCACUGUGACGAAUUAUGGUGCACCAAAUAACACUGUGUUUCUUUUGGACUCUAUUGGAGGUAUCUCAGAUAGUGCAGUAUCACAGUUGUGGAGAAUAUUGGGGCAAGGCAUAGAGAUGGUAACUAUUGAGUCUAAACCUGUACAAGCCCAGGAGAAUGGAUAUGAUUGUGGAUUGUUUGCAAUCGCUCACGCAUUCUGCAUUGCGGCUGGAAGAGAUCCAUGUUCAUAUAAAUUUGAUAAAAAUGCUAUGCGUGCUCAUGUGCUUCAGUGUAUAUGUGACAACGAAUUCUUCGACUUUCCUUAUACAACAGCAUUUGUACCUCGAGUCAAUCCUAAACGACAGUCUUUUAUACGUCCCCCCAAUGCAUUGCUAAGCACUAGAGCGGCUGCAACAAUCCACUACUAUCAUGAAGAGGAGCUAUGA